AUGCCUGUGACCGUGCUGCAAGCGCGUAGCCGUGGGCCAUGUUCAUGGUGCUGCAAGAAACUCAGGCUGUUGAAGUUUCGCAUUGAUCAAAAUGGGGACGACGAAGUGGUGAUUCGACUGCGCUCGCGCAUUGAGGAGAUCUCGCCGGACCAUCUCUUCUUAAUACUCCCUCCACGGCACAUUAGCGAGUUCUUCCGAAUCGACAGCACGAUUGGAGAGGGCGGCUUUGGAACUGUUUUUAAAGCCAAACCAACGCCAGAAGGAUGCAAGCUGGUGCGGAGAUUUCAAGCCAACAAACCCUAUGCCAUCAAAAUGGUGAAGCUGCAGAAGAAAGCCGGCCUGGCUGAGGGUUUCUUUUGGUGGGCCCCCAUGGCGCUAGCUGCGCUGUUUCCUCCGCCCCUGGCGACAACGCCGGCGCUUCCUGCACUGCCUUUGUCAGGUGCCCGCUGCAUGCCCGAUGUGGUGCCCUUUGCCCGCAGCGGUGUGAUGAACCACCGCGGAUGGCUUCCCAUGGCAGCCUUAGGAGGUGCUGUUGGUCUCGCCCAGAGUGUCGGGGCGCCUCUCAGGGCGCGGCGCAGAUCGCACCGCUGGCGGCGGCCAUGGCGCCUGGUGAGGAAAUUCUUUAACUUUGGCGGCGAGGCCAAAGUUGAUAACAAAGUGGGCCUGGUCUACGAUUCCAAAAUGGCCAAGCAUCGAAACUUGGAGGAUGCAUCUCACCCUGAGCAACCUUUGCGAGUGCUGAAGGUUUAUGAGCACUUAGAGAAGCAGGGUUUGGUGAGUCGCUGUGUUCCCAUCUCCUCAAGGGAAGCGACCCAGGAAGAGUUGUUGCUGAAGCACACCAAAGAGCAUGUGGAUGCAAUAUUGGGUUUGAAGGACAUGUCCGAAGCUGAUGUGGUGAAGAUGGGUGCAGACUUUGAUAGCAUUUUUCUGUGCCCGGAGUCUACUGAGGCCGCCCUUCUGUCUGCGGGCUGCGUGUUGGAAGCCACCGAGCGGGUGUGCAGCGGAGAAGUGCAAAGUGCCUGUUGCGUGGUGAGACCACCAGGUCACCAUGCAGAGGAAUCGAUUCCUCGAGGUUUUUGCCUUUUUGGCAACGUGGCACUGGCUGCAGCUAUGGCGAAGCAACGAGGUUUGGCGUCCAAAAUCUUGAUUGUUGAUUUCGAUGUUCAUCACGGCAAUGGCACUCAAAAGAUGUUCGAAGAUGACAGCAGCGUGCUGUUCUGCUCCGUUCAUCGAUAUGACCGCGGGAAGUACUACCCGGGUGGUCAGCUCGGAAAUUACACCAGUCAUGGAGUCGACGCAGGCGAAGGAUAUACCGUGAACAUCCCGUGGGAGGUGGCGGGCAACGAGAGGAGUCCCCCAGGUGAUGCAGAGAUGCUGUACGCCUUUGAUCGGGUCUUUCUCCCGAUCGCCAGGGAAUUUUCUCCGGAUCUCGUUCUGGUGAGCGCUGGCUUUGACGCAGCCCCUGGUGAUCCCCUAGGUGGUUGCCGCGUGUCGCCAAGUGGAUUCUAUCGGAUCACGAAGCAGCUGAUGGGAUUGGCUGACGGCAAGGUAGUGCUUGCUCAGGAAGGUGGCUACAAUGUCGAAAGCAACAGUGAAUCCAUGGCGGCAUGUGCCCAAGCCUUGUUGGGAGAUGACGAGCCUGAGGGAAGCCAACUACUAGGCUUCAACGUCGUGGACGAGCGAGACGCUCAGCCGGCGGCCGUGUGCCAUGUUUCAACGGUGGAAACUGCACGGCGUUGGCAUCGGGACGUUGAGGAAACACUAUGCUCAGUGGUGGGAGUGCUUGCGGCCACAAAUCCCAUGAGCCUGGCAGCGGUCUCCUUUGGCCAACGGUGCAUUCAACGUAGAAACCUAGAGCUCCAGAUUGGCUACAGCCUCCUGAAUGUGUCAAUGGAGCGACACCGAGAAUUCCUUCUGGGCCUCACAAGCAGUGGACCCUUUGAGAAUGGUAUGAUUGGUCUGCUAGCUGCCUUCAUACAUCCCAAGGAGGCACUUUAUCAGGUCAUGGAGCUGUUGGAGGGUCCGGAUCUCUUCGAUUUCCUUGCCGAGCGCAGCAGCAAGCUGGAAGAAGUCAAGGCAGUGGGCUUGGUGAGGCAAAUGGUGAAGGCGGUGCACUACAUGCAUCGGAGUCUGGGUGCUUUGCAUCGAGAUAUCAAGCCUGAAAACUUUGGCUUUAUUCAGCCUCCCGUGCCUGGACAGCCCCUGCCAGCCCUCAAGUUGUUUGACGUUGGGCUGGCAUGGGUUCUGAAGUCACCCGUCACCGAAGAGACAGCGAAAGAUUUACUACACAUCAAGCGCUGCGGCACCGCAUGCUACAUGGCGCCGGAAGUCUGGGACGGGAACACAGGUCCUCCCUCCGAUGUGUGGAGUUUGGGGGUCGUGUCUUACAUCGUCACGAGUCUGGAGGUGCCAUUCAAACUCAUGGAGAGCAAGUCCCCAAAGUUGGCCGUGCGUGAGAACGACUUAUGCUUCGACUCCCCUGCCUGGACGAACACCAGCCAAUGUGCCAAAGACUUCCUGGAGGCGAUGCUGAACAAAGAUUGGAGCAACCGCCCUACUACUGCAGAAGCCUUGGCGCAUGAGUGGUUGCGGCCGGCACUGCAAAGCGAGCCGGAGCUCUUGCCGAGCAUCUCAGAAGGUUCCUCCAGCUCCGAGCUCACGGACAAGUCCUUGCCCUUGGUCGCUGCGUUGCCCACCAAGACGCGGCGCAGCGAGGCCAUCCAAAGAAGUUCUUCGCUGAGACGGCUGUGGCAGAUGUUUGACCAUUUGAUGGUCUUUUUUUCGCACCGCAGCUGUGGCUCAGCGGUGACUUUUUUCCCGCUGGGACUUCACCGCACGGGCUCCGCGGUGACCAUGUUUUCUUCCAGGAUAGCUCUCUCCACCAAGAUGCUGGUAGGAGUGAGCAUCAAGGACAUUCAAGGUGCCACCGCGGCAGUGAGAAAGGCCAUUCAUUUGGCUCAGCCUGGUGACAAGAUAGUGGCGUUGAACAUCCCAAAGCUGGUGCCAGAGAUGAUGUUGUCAUCCAUGAACGACCCGGGGGAUGCCACAGAGGAGACCUUUGCCGCCUUGGCCAACCUGCCAUCCAGGGCAGGCACCAACAUGCAGGCGCAGAUCAAGGAAGCUGCAGAAAAGGAGAUGCAAAAACUCGGAAAGGAGAUCUCGAUUGACUACAAGGUGACCCAGCCGUCGGGGGAUGUGAAAACUGGUAUCCUGCAGGCCUGUAAGGCAGAGGGAGCCUCAAUGCUGCUGAUCGGCCCUGGAGUGGGCGGGAAUGGAAGCAUCCCACCCUUCUGCGUGUCGCACGCCAAGGGUAUCACCGUGUGUAUUGUGCGUGAUCAUUUGGAGUGAGGCAGUUAUUGUCGAAAACUGCUCGUUACAAAACUGGCAUCUCAGAAUCCCCCCC